AUGAAUGAAGAAAAAAGGAAGACAGCAUGCGGGGAAGAGGAGAGUGUUUGUGGCAGCCAAAGUGGUAGAAGCGAAUCGACACAUACUGGAGGCAAAAUAAAGGAUGAGAAAACAACAGAUCCUAAGAGCUCAACCACUUCAGAUAAUGAAUUUUCUGCAAACGCAGAGGGAAGUGAAAGGUAUUUUAUACUUGCUAACUGUUAUGCUCUUAAAUCAUGUUAAGCACACUGUAAGUUACAGCAAGGCACUGCAGAUAUAAGCUUACAUGUUUCUUACUUUACAUACAUGAUCAUUGGAUCCUUUUGCUGCUUUUCUGUUUCGUGGAUAAAAAAGAAUAUGAUUUCAUCUUGCCACAGUUUAACACCCCAUUUUAAAAUCGUUUGUCAUUUGAAAUUAUUAUUGUACAAUUUAAAACCGUCACGUUCAGGGUGCAUGUAAAUGAGCUCUCAAAAAACUACAUACAAUUUUAUGUUAGGGAGUCUAAGUGGUUCGUUUGCUAUUGAAUCUCAUUUUGUUUCCAUAUAAUAAACUGAGACUUAGUUGAGUUCUAUCCAAAACGUUCACUAUAAAUAGCACUGCAUAAUAUUUUGAAGUGCAUUGAAAUGCAAGGGAUUAAGGGUUUACGAAAAAUUGAGUGAUUAAACAGCAACAGCUGUGCAGUUAAAAAAAUUACUGUCAAGAAGAAUUAAAAAUAAAAUAAUGCAUGGUUCAAUUUGACUUGUUACCAUGCCCCCCAGGCAUACCCCCAGGGAGUGGCAAUUUUUUUCUGUUCUGAUCAACCUCAUAUACCCGUUUUUUUGGGGGGGUACAUCUUAUAUGCUGAGAGAAUACAUGUGAAAUGUAGUCAGAACGUGAACAAAACUCUUAAGGACCUUUUUUGACCUUGAUAGAACACCUCAUGAGAAUGCUGGAUUGAAUCUUUGUCUAUCAUAGAUAUGUCAAAUGCCUUGUAUAUAUUUUUAUUUACAGUCUAUUGAAGUUGUCUUAUUAUUAAACUAGGCUGAAGAAAUAUUCCUUUGUUUGAUUUGCCAAAAAAAAUACAUUUAAAUAUGCAUCAUACACACAUUUGUUUGGUAUUUCAAAACAUCCCUUCAAAUACAGACUUAAGUUAUGAAAGGCUUUUCCUCUUCAACCACUCUCCAACAAAUUCCUACACUUUCUGUUGAAAAUACUUAACCUGAGUUCCACAGCUCCGUGCAAACCAGGUGAGAAACAACACAUACUUCACAAAAUCAAAGAGAAGUUGAUUUUUAUUUACCCCGUCCCCUACCUGCAUGACAGGACCACUUCAAAUAAUUCCCCACUCCGGGACACAAAGUGCUGGACUUGUCCCGGGGGAUUGAUUGGGGAAGGAUGGAAGGAUGGUAACAGAUCAGAUUGAACCAUGUAAAAAAUGUUAACCCUAUGAAUCAACCAUGUACACAUGCAAAACAAAACCAUUGAUGCACAGAUAAGUUUAGUGUUAUAUACACCUCUUGUUCUCAUACUUUUUUUUGACAGGAGAAUAAAUUGAGGGCCAGAGAAUAAAUUUAAUAAUAAGCUUUCGUCUUGUUAAGACUCCCAUUUUCACUUAACCGAAUGCUGUCUUCAUUCCUUUUGUAUUUAUUUUUAAUUAGUAACAAAGGGGAAAUGAUAGCUACUGAAGACAAGCAAGAAAAAGCUGAGGUAAGAUUUAAUUCAAAAUAAUUCUACAAAUUUUUAAUUAAAUUUUGUCAAAACACUACAAUUUUUUUAGUUUUUUCUUUAUAUUUAAUUAUGUAUUUUGUACAGAUAGAACAUCAACUUACUUCAGAAAAUCAAAUCAGGAGAUUAUUAAUUUUGUACACGUUACAAAGUUAUGUACUUUUUUAUUGCUGAAAUAAAUGUAUUUUCACAACCUGUACGUAUGACGUACUUCUGAGGUGCAAAUAUUUAAAGUUCAAUCUGCAAAUCAUGACUGUAUAACUACAAUAAUUUUCCAGGUAGAGAAUGAUAAUGGUGGUAACAAAGCAAAGGAAGAGCCAGGUGAUGAAGAAGAACUGAGGAAAGAAGAAGAAGAAGUGGUAAACUUUUAUCAUAAACAACAUUUAAAUGUCUUAAUUGGAGCAGCAAUCUUGUUGGAACAGCAAACUUAUAGUUUUGAUUUUGAAAAAAAUCCUUGCUGUAUAUUGCUUAUAAGAUGACCACGAAGAAGAAAAACGUGUUUAGAAAAGGAUUUAUAUAUAAGUAAGACCAAUAGUGUGAACUCUAGAUCAAGACAUGUGAGGGCUGUUGCUAAGAUUUCAAUUUGCCGGGUAAAUACAACAAGUAGGUGGGCAAUUAAACAGCUAGAGAUUUCUUUUGGUUCUAUUUUUCUUCUAUUUUCCUUUCAAAGUAGCUGGUGGCCACAUUCUUAGUUGCCGGGGGAAAUCCCUGGCCACCGCCUCUCUAUGUCAGCCCUGACAUGUGAUUAGAGUGGCACUGACCUUAGUGUUAGUCGGGUUGUUCACAGGGAAUUUUUCUUGUAAAAAUUGUUAUAUUAAACUGCUCUCUUAAUUGUUGUAGCAACAAGCUUUGGAGGAUGCAAAAGACCAGCUUGAACAGAAGCUUGCAGUUAGAGAAAAAAAUUUGAAAGCUGUAGGUUAGUAACAUUUCUCAGCAUUCCACUUGAUGUAGGGUUUAAAACUAAACUAGUUGUCUUUUUGCAGGCCAGCGGCCUGAAGAAUCUUUUUUUAAAGGACGUGACUCAUCUGUCAAGAAGAACUCUGCAUUCAUCAAAAAAUUGGUAAGUAUACUUCUUUGGUGUGUUUGUUUGAAAAAACUAACAGAUAGUUAAAUUAUUUAUCUAUAAACCUGCUCUAAGCACUAACAAAAUAUGUUAGGAGCCAAUAGAGUAUUUGAAACUGCAUGAGCACUUGAUAUUUUUUAUGCUACUGUUAUAUUAUUUUUAGAGGACCAUCACAGAAUCCCAGCGUGAAUCAUUAGAGCAGGAGUUUACUGGUUUGAAUCUGUCAAGAUAUGUUCCAGAAGCUGUAAGUAGUAUAGGAAGCACCUCACCUGUUCAGUCCUACAAAAAACAUUAAUCUCAUCAUCAACAACUUUUCAGUACAUCAAGGUUUUUAGUAGUGGAGUAUUAUUUUAAUGUUACAAUCAACUGCAGGCUUCAUUUAUUGAGGGUGGUGGUGUUGUUGUUUUACAGGUUGCUGCGGUACUAGAUGGUCUGCCAAAGCUGAAGGUACUUUUUUACCUAGGAAUAAACCACUAAAAACUAUGGUGUUAACAUUGUACAGAGUAUUAUUACUUGGGUCGUUUUAUUUUCAAAGAUAAAUGACCAAAAUGCCUGUAAAUAGAUGUCUGUUUAAAGAUCAGUGCCUUUUAAGUUCUGCCUGAACCACAGCAGCACGCUCUUAUUUACAACUUUGCUGGAGUUCACUUUGCUUUGAGUCAAGUGAAUUUUAUUUUUACUAUUAUUUGAGUAAGGUACUUUAUCUGACAGCUUGCAGAUGUGAAAUGUGUGGCUCAUAUUUGUGGUUUGAUAAAUCAACACUAUGCUGACUUUAAUGAGCCUUUAAAGAAGGGACUUGUGAAGAUGUUUGAUUCCUAUGGUGGCAAGGAAGAGGACAAGGUUUGUUUCAUUAACACACAAACAAUACUUUUUCCCAUAGUAAAUUAUAGUCUGAAAUUUUUUAUAUUUACUUUUGCACAAAAGUAGGUUAGGUAAGCAACUUUGUUCCAAUUGUAUAAUUCUCAGUGCUCGCAAUAACUGAUGUUUGCAUUGUAGAAUCAUCUGUCAUAAAAUCUUAGACAAUGUACACUAGUUAUAGAUCAAAUUGUGGCAUACAGUCAAAUCUUUCUCCUUUUCUCAUACUCAACUUGGAGCCAUGCCAAGCCAACCAUGUAGCCGGAUUUUUAAUAUGAACACCACAAAUUACAGCGCAAAAAGAGAGCUAACAAAAAGACUAAGACUAGAUACAAGAAUAAUCAGAACUAAGGCACUCUUUUAAAUCCUAAAAAUAAAAACAAUAAGCCAAAAAACACUCAAAGGGUGGGUGGAUGGGGAAGGUCAGGCCAUAGUGGAUAGCAACGAAAAGAACUGAACUCUGACAGGGGCAUAGCCAGCUUUUCGACUAUAGUUGUAGGCCUGGCUAACUUUCGUUUCCAAAUAUCCUGAAAACUGCACACAUGACUAGUACGCACAGACCUCACCAACAGUUUGAGCUCUUAAGCUUUUUAACUCACCCCAACAACAUAUAAUUUAUUACAAACAGUAGAGUGAUCAAACCAAAAAUUUGUAGGCCCAGGCCUACAGGUCUAUGGGCAGGCUACGCCCCUGUCUGAAAUGCCUUGUGACAUGAAAACCCCACACACGCCCAAACCCAUACUCCCAGCAGUGUGAGAAAAAAACGUUUUUCUCUUCUUUCAUUCUUCAGCAAGAGAAGAACCACACUUUUUAUUGACUUUUUACCUUAACCACAGAUAGCAAAUGUGGGCAAGUACCGUGUCACCUUAAGACUUCUAGGAGAGCUCAUCAUUGCUGGAAUUUUUCCCAAGCUAUCAGAGGGCAUUAAAAUACUCAAUACCAUCCUGAGUAACCUACUGAACUGUGACAAGGAAAACCAUGUUUAUGUUCAAGUGAUUAUCAGCUUUGCUCGUCACUGUGGUGAGGACUUUGCUGGUUUCACAUCUCGGAAGCAAAGGCUGCUAGCUGAGAAGCAUGGAGUGACAUUUCCAAAGUGUUGCAUUGUAUCUGCUGAUGAUCAAGCUGCCUUGUAUCUACUAUUGCACACAUACUACAAGUCACUGGCAAGCCACUUAGUUAAAGCACACAAGGAUCUUCAGAAUAGAGAGAAGCAAAACAGGCAAACAUUAAUGGUACAGCUUAUAAUACUACUAUUACUCUCUGCUAUGCAUUAUGUAACUUAACAGGUUGAAGGAAUGAUGACAGGCUGCAAGGCUGUAGUUGGUGAUUUUUCGUUCCGUUUACCUUCACUAAAAUACUUGCCACCAUGUUAGUGACUCAAUAUUUGAAAAGACUGAAUGGUUCAUUCAGAGCAGGAGCCAUAGGUAGGGGAGAGAAAUAACCAACAAUAUCAUUAAUAUCAUUGUUAUUUUGUGGGAUGAUUUUAUUUUCUGACAGACCAAAGGUGAAUUACACCCUGAGAGGAAGGAAGCAUUUGAGAAGGCACAGAAGGCUUAUGAAAAACUACUAGGCAACACAGCUUCUUUAGCUGUAAGUAAACAAUCAAUCCUCAAGGCAAUAUUUUUAAUAGAAUAAUGCAUUUUAAUGUUUACCAUAAAUGCCAUAACGAUUAUGGUCUUUUAAUGGGCUUUUGUUAAUUGCAGGACAUACUUGAUGUAGAUAUGCCUGAUUUGCCAGUAUCUGGUAUGUAGUUUAAAGUACUUGACACCUGUUGAUUCUAUGACUGAUCUUGGGUCCAGUGUUUUUAUUGUCACAUUUUUUCCUUUUGAAUGUUUUUUAAUCCUGUUUGACAGCCAUGUUUUUUUCCUUUUUACUCUAACAUGUACACUAAUCCAUUCAAUCUAUUCUCUAAAUUUUUAACUGCCUUAAAAUUAAAAAGGUGGCACUCAGUAGUGUUUUUGGGCUGUUAGUAGUAUUUUAAGGAUAGUCAAUGCUAUGUAUGUGCUUCAUAUCAUAGAGAUUGUUCAAGAAGAUGCUGGAUCUAACUCUAUUGAUGUUUUCAACCCAUUCAAACAUUCAGAGGUAAGAUGCAUAAGUUUGAUAACAUAUUCUACGUGUAACCACAAAUGUGUUCUUAAUGAUUUUUGGCAAUGAGGGAAAUCUUGCAAUAAAGAUGAAAAUUCUGAUUGUUCUGAGAGUUCUAAUAUUCUUGUUUAUCAUUUUAAUAAAGCCUCAGAGGAACUUUGAAAAGGAAUUCAAAAUUACUAGUCAAGUUCAAUCAUUUGUCAUUUAAGUUGUAUUAAAGUACUCUUUUGUGCUGUUUAAUCAACAAUUGAUUAACUCUUUUUGUUUAGUAUGAUGGUAGCACUGGACUUUGGGAAGAUGAAGAAACGCGAGUCUUUUAUGAAAACAUCAGAGAUCUCAAAGCUUUUCUACCAGGGGUAAUUUUUGAUUAUCUAGUAAUGAGCUGUUGAAUGUUUAAUGUUCUGAGGCAAUCCUUUUUUGUGAACCAAGAAAAGUAAAAGCAUAUAAUGUGCUGUGUGCGCUUUAGUGAGUAUACAUGUACAGCUGUUGCUAAUUUUGCCAGUCUUCACAAGCAUGUCAGAAGUAAGUUGUUAACAUUGGCUGCCAGACUGGCCGGUUAUAAUGUUAACUAGCAUACACAAUUUUCAAACAGUAGCCAGUCCAAUGUACUUCUGUCUAGCUGUAAACAUGCAUAAGGGACAUUCUCUCUGUUUUUCCUGAUAAUUUGUUACCAGAUUUUGUACAAAGAUGAAUGGAAGGAAGAGGGAGAAGUUGCAAGUAAUGCUGAGAGUGAUGAGAAGAUGUCAGACAAGUUGGAAAGUAUGUUGUCAAGUGCAAAUUGAAAACAACUGAUAUAUAAACUUAAUAAAAUAAAUCAGCUAUACCAUGCUGUAUUUCCAGACAAUCAGUUGGGUAGCACUAUAUGCUGGGUAAAUACCUACAUUCCAGUGUAUGGUAGGAAAAGCUUAAUUUUGUUAGCCACUGGAUAGAGAAUUAUCCAGUGGGUAUUAUGUUACUGAGCCUGAUAUACAUGUAGUAUAAUAAGUACUUAAUUUUGUCCCCAGUUAGGUAUUGUUAUUAAUUUUACUCUACUCAUCAAAACUGGAAAGUGAGCAUUGGCUGAUGGUCAGGUGUUUAACAUUUUUCAUUGUUCAGUUGCAGAGGAGGAUUAUGAAGAAAUGGAUGAUUAUUUUGGUGAUGAGGAAUACAAUGAGAAGGAAAGUGAAGAAGGUACUGAUUACUGUAUGAUUGGGAAUAUUAAUUUGAACAAAAAAUUAUUCAAAUAAUCAUUUAUAAUGAGUGUCUUUUACACAUUGCAUUAAUCAAUGGCAAGGGCUUGAAUCACUUUUGAGGACAUAAAUCGUGCUUUCCAAAGUUGUUUGCUUUACUUUAAGUGACCUUGUACUAGUAAAGGAAGCUAGGUCUUUAGGAAACAGUGGUUGUUAAUAAAGCAAAGGAGUCUUUUGAGUAAUUUGCCGUUAUCUGCCCUUUGAUCAUUUGACUACUUGUUCAUCUAUUUGAUGCACAGUGAUGCAUUAGUGGUGGUUUUUAAAUGACUCCUUUCAAAGCUUUUUGAAACUUUGCUGUUGAGGUGGUUGCGUGAGCUUAAAAGCUUACAAAGUGACCUACUAAGCUAGUCAGUCUAGGGCAACAGAAUCUACAAGAAUGUUGAAUAUUUUCAUUGUGGUUAAUUUGAGAGCGUCGAAAGUCCUCUCGGUUUGUAUUAUGCAGUUUUUGGGGCAAAGAAAGUCUAAAAGUAUCAAAUCAACAUGACCAUAAUAUAGAAUAUUUCCUCCCUCUCUUGUAGAAGAUGAUGACAACUCAUCAUCUGGUGAAACAUCAGUCUCCUCUACUGCUCUUGCUCUUGAGGCUAUCCUUCAGAGGUUGCCAACAUGUGUUAAUAAGGAUUUUAUCGAUGAGGUACUGUUUAUCUUGAUGAACAGUCAUCAAGCCACUUAGAAAUAAAUUUUUAUAAUCAACAGUUAUAGCAAAGUGCCAAAUAAUAAUCUUCAAAAAUUAAAAUGUUUACAGAUUUUUUGAGUCCUUUUUUUCUUUGGUAAAUACAAUUAUUUAUAUUUCAAUUAUUAUUUAUUCACUUAAAUUCUUAAUGUCAAUUUGUUAUAUUGUUGUUAGGCUACCAAAUUAAAAAUAAACAUACAAGACGUUAUCUUUUUGUCUGUAGGUAGCAACAGAAUUCAUGCAAACAUGCAACACAAAGGGAAACAGAAAAAAACUUUGUCGAGCCAUUGUUGCUGUUCCAAGAACAAGGUAGGUAAAGCAUGUGUGUUCAGUGAUCUCCGUCACUGGCCGAUAUUCUGGCAUGUAUGCAGUAAAAAAUCCUUGUCAAGAGCAAGUAUUUUAAGGUUUGAUUUCAUUGCAGACUUGAUUUGUUACCAAUGUAUGCUCGCCUUGUGGCAACUCUUGAUCCUUGUGCUCCUGAUCUUGCUCCUGAGCUAGUGCAGCAACUCAAAGGCGAAUUCAGAUUUAGGGUAAGUAUACAAAGGCUCAGUAGUCCAUAGCCUAAGUAUAUUAAAAUAGGCAAUAUUAUUGGUACUGGAGUUUCUGUUUCAGUGGGUAUUAUUUUUGUCUGUUGGCUGACUCAUCACUGUGAAUGCAACUGGUUUUUCAUUGGAGUAUCCUCCAGCUCUACAUGUAAGAGAGAUUGUGGAUAAAAAAGAUGGUUGUCAAAGGUUUGAACAAUUUAUGAUGAGAUUAAGAAUUUGUAUCAGUUCAUUAGGUCAAGGAACACAGUGUUCACGGUCUCUGUAUCCCUGUGUAUUACAUUAUUUUCAUCUUGGUAUGUGUACCAUAAUACCCCUGUUUUCCUUUAGAUAUGUGUACCCUACAUUUAAGGGAAAGAGUCCUGUUCCAGCAGGUUGCUGUAUUUCUGUAUUCCUACAUGAUGUAUAGAUAUGUGUACCCUAUAAUCAAUAGAAAUAACAAUGCAGCCCCCAGCAUUCUGUAGUACUGUAUUACUACUGAGUGUACAAUGUGGAUGUGUCUACCCUGUUUGGGAGUAUUUAAUGAGUGGAUGCUUUCUCCUAAGUGAUGACUCCCUGUAUUUAGGUUCGUAAGAAGGAUCAAAUUAAUUUGGAAUCCAAGAUAAAGGCAGUGCGGUUUAUAGGUGAGAUGUAAUUUUACAAUAGCAAAAGAAACCCUUCACCUUGCUUGACUGAGACAUUACAUUACAUUACAUUCUACCACAUUUCUUUUUUGUCAGAUUAUGCUUACUCUCUAAACUGUGUCAAUCAUUUAUUAUUUUGGUAGGUGAGCUGACCAAGUUCCACAUGUUCCCAAAGGGUGAAGCAUUACACUGUUUAAAGGUACGUCAUAACUCGACUGUCAGAUAGGUCUGGCAUCAAAAUAAGUUGCUUGAACUGAUCGCAGUAAGGACUAUGGUUGGUUAUGAAUAUAUAUGAAGUGACAAACGGUCAGCCAGCCAGUAAUGUACAUGAAAAUGUUUCUCCCCCCCCAUCACUCAGGGCUAUUACAUUUACUUGUAAACAGGCAACUAAUCUACAACCAUCAAAAUGUUAUAAAACUGGGAUGUAAAAGAGUACUAAGGGCUUGAAACUUCACGCCACAAGAAAAUCAACCGUGUCGAUUAAGCCCAGCAAGCUAUGCCAAAAAUUAGUUUAUGCUCAAAACCUUAUAACAUAGUAACUGAUAUUGUUCUCAUUCUUUAACUCCUUAGAUCUGCUAUAGCUAAUACUCAGUAGUUAACAACGUUGUAUUUUGUUGAUUGUAUUACAAAUCUUAGAUGCUGUUGGAAGAUUUCACCCACCACAACAUUGAGAUGGCAUGUAAUUUACUAGAAGUGUGUGGUCGAUUUCUGUACCGAUCACCAGAUUCACACAUCAGGACAAAAAACUUGUUGGUAUGUAUUUGAUUGUCCUAUAGUGUGUGUAAACAUGACUAGGGUUGUUACCAAUAGUGACUUACUUUUACCCAACCUCUGCAAUAAGUUUCUUUUGCUUUUUAUUGCAGGAACUAAUGAUGAGAAAGAAAGCUGUGCAGAAUUUGGACAGUCGUCAAAUGACACUAAUUGAGAAUGCAUUCUUCUACUGUAACCCACCUGAAAGACAGAAGGUAGAUUUGUGUGCAUGUGCUCAAGCAACAUAAACAGUGUUCUCUGUGUGAUUUUGCCAAACUAAAAAUGUAGAAGAAAAAAAUCAUUGCAAGAAUCAAAUUGCUUUUACUCUUAACUGUAGUUGCGAUUCAAUAUAAUUUUGCUGGCAUUGUUGCUGUUGCUGUUGCUUCUUACAGGUUGUUCAGAAGGUGCGGCCUCCUUUGCACGAGUAUGUCCGUAAACUACUGUAUAGAGACUUAGCCAAGACAACUACUGAGAAGGUAUCAUUGAACUUAAAGUCCAUCUACUGCUUGCAACAAGCAGCUUUUUAUUCAUAGACUACUAAAGUUCAUCAUAGUGCCAAAUUUUCCCAGUUCUCAAAAGUAACAGUCAAUUAUCAUCUAUGAACCUUCAUUAUCUCUCUCUGGAGCAGUUUCCAAAAUACUGAGUAGAUCAUGUGUAUGGGUUUUGUUAGAAAACCAGUCUGUAAUUUCCCACAUGUACUGCUGUGUAAAGUGAAUAAGGGUUUAAUUCAAAAAACGUAUGUGUUGGUUACAAUAAUAACUGUAGUAACCUGUAAGUAAUCAGAAGUAAUCAGGCUUUUGAAAGUGUAUAUGAACCUUGGCGUGUAACACUGUUUUGACUGUUUUUGUUGACCUGCAGGUUCUGCGGCAGAUCAGGAAGCUUCCUUGGGAUGAUCCACAGGUAUAGGUUGUCAGAAAUCUAAAUAUCAGUGGUAUUGACAUAAAUAAAGAGGUAAUUGUAGAUUGGUUCACUAAGUCGCGGGAGUGCUAGUGCUUGACACAAAUACAUACAGAGUGAAAUACAAAUAUUGAAUUGCACGCACCAAAUGAUCACCAGACUGUACCAUUGGGAGCUAGAUUUAAAAUUUAAGGAUUAGCUUGAUUGUUUCUGAUUGGCUGUGUAUUUUAUAGUAAUGUCAUGAAUUUUCAGGAAAAUAUGGACAUCAAGGGAAAAGUACAAAUAGAGUUGAAACCAACAAGCUAAUUAACACUUUAAAUACCUAUCUGAUAAAGCAAGUUCCUGGGCUCAUUUUUUCUUGAGCCGAACAAAAUCAAACCUUGGGAGACUCCUUAAUUUUACCAAGAGGGGUGUGAGCAAUUUUCCGACAAUGAUAACUUUAUUGCAGAUUGCCCUGUAUGUGAUCAAGUGUUUAGUUCGUGUAUGGAACAUCAAGUACAACAGUAUCCACUGUGCUGCUAAUCUAUUGGCGGGACUGGUACAGUAUCAUGUGAGUAACAAAUCUUUUCUCUGAGUUUGAUCUUAUUUUUGAAGUAGUACUAUGACUUACCAGUAAUUACACUUUGUUGAACUUUUGUUACAGGAAGAUGUUGGUCUAUAUGUUGUAGACGGCAUUUUGGAAGAAAUCCGCCUUGGAAUGGAGGUAUGAAAUUGCUAUAUUGAUCUAUAUAAUUGUGAAAAGGAAGGCAUGUUGAGGUUGAGGGGAAUCACGCAGUGUGUUAAUCCCUUUUUCAGACCAAAGUACGUCAGAAAUUGUACAUAAAUUUGUCAAUACAGAUUAAAGGAGGUCAAAAACUGUUCUUAGCUAUUAGCCAUUAAACAAGGCGGGUCAACCAAAGGCAUUUGGCAGCCAAUCACAAGGGUCGGUGAGAGUCAGUCACCUUUAUUCAGCUGCAGGGUUAUUGAUUUAAGCCUGCAGUCAAACUUCAUUCUAACCAGCAGACAAUUUUUAAUUCCUUUUACACGUUUAACUGGGCCUGGCUUUUCUCUUAUGAACCAAAAGAAGAUAACAAGAGUUCUAUAUCAUUUUAUAGCAACCCAACUGUGAUUUUUUUUAGAUGACUGAUGUAUCUUUGGAGGCAAUAUUAUUUGGCUUAAAUUCUGAGGCACGUUUAUGAAAUUUUGGUCUACUUUAAAAUAUUAACCACUAAAGCUAGGAGAGUAGCUAAUCGUUAUGUUUAGGGUUCACUUCGAAAAGUAUCAUUAUUUACUUUAAUUCUUUCUUUUGUUGUGUAGACAAACCUUCAGAAGAUGAAUCAGCGGCGUUUAAGUUGCAUCAAGUUCUUAGGUGAGCUGUACAAUUACAGACAAGUGGAGUCACGUGUCAUCUUCAGCAUUCUGUACUCCUUCAUUACCUUUGGCAACAAUAACGAAGGUUAGUAUUCAGUAGACCUGCUCGCUGUAUGAAAGGUCAUUAUCGGCAUAUUGUACUGAUUUCUUCUUUCUUUCUGUCAUAUUCUGACUUACUGACUCACUAAUACCACUUACGCCCUUCAUGACCUUAAUUGUUUGUUGUGUUACCGUUUAUGGCUUUUUAGUGGUCGUUUGCACCCCCAUUUAUACCUCUUGCCUAACUAUCAAUGUUUUAAUCCCCCUUUAUGUGAUUCAGGACAAGGCUCGUUUACAUGAACUUUGAUUAAUUCCGGUUACCAAAAGCAAUAUACUCAGAGAGCAGACUUGUGCUCUUUUGAUAGGAAUUCCAUCCGUUCUGGACCCUCCAGGACACUUGUUUCGUAUUCGUAUGAUAUGUACAUUACUGGACACUUGCGGACAGUACUUUGAUCAUGGUAACUACAAGAAGAAACUUGACUGCUUUCUAAUUUACUUUCAGGUGAGUUUUCAGUUAAGUAGUCCAAAUCUACAUUUGUGCUUUCUUAAAAAUGGGUUUUUGCAACUUUGCUUACUUGUCACUUGUACAUUCUCAUGACUACAAUAGUUUAAAAGGGACACCCUCUACGGCCCUUAAUAUUAUAUGUAGAAUUGACAAGGAGUCUUCACAAUUUUUUUCCUUUUCCGAAAUUACAACCCUGUGGAUGUCUUAGCUUUGUGAUGAUAUAUUCUUCUUGAACUGUGUGCUUGUCUAGUUCUCUUCAUAAUUUUGUCAAUCUUUUAUAACGUUGUUGUAUGUUCAGUUUAUGGUUAAUCCUGGGAGUAAAUCUUUGGAUACUCUAAUAAAUGCCAUAAAACACCUUUUCUCGCUCAAUACCAGUGAUGUUGAGUUCACUCGGCCAUCAAAAGAACAUAUCCUAAAGACAAAACAGAGCCUAGUCUCCUUAUGAGUGUAUAAAAUAGAAUUCUUUAUGUAAAGAAGAACAGUUUUAUUAUUUUGUUUUACCCUGAAGUGCUACGUGUUGAAGAAGAAAGCUGAUCCCAUCUGGCAUGAAGGGCACCCAUAUCCCCGUGAUGUUGAUUACAUGGUGACAGACACGCUAGAGUCCCUUCGUCCUAAACUCACCGUGUUUACAAACCUGGAGGAAGCUAUGGAGAGUCUCAACAAGUUGAACAAGGAACAUAAAGAGCAGAUAGGUUGGAUUUUGCUUCCCUGCUCUCUGGAAAAAAAAAAUUUUUUUUGCAUACACGGUUGGAACCUCUAUUAAAUGUCCCCUAAGUUGAGGUUGGGCUGGGAUUUGUUUAUAAUUAACUAACAAAUAAAAAGUCUUUCUUUUAUUUUUGCCUCAGAAUCUACUGCAGUCAUUGUUUCAAGCAGCUAGAUAAUGUAUAAAAAAUCAUUAUUAACUUAUCUCUGCAAUAUUGUGUGUAGAAUCCCCACAUACAAGUUAUAGAGAGGUAGUUCGCGUUUUGCGAAAACUGGUGUCCCCUGUGUGGAGGUCUUAAACCCGGGUCUCGAGAACCAGAAAAAGUGUCCCUUUCCUCUGCAUAGAGGUGUCACUUCAAGAGAGGUAAAUUAUAGAUACAAAGACUAUGUGGACAUUUUUCCGGGACCAAAUUUUGUUUCCCUAGCUGAAUUGUUCCUUGAUUAGAGGUGUCCUAAAGGCAGGAGAGGUUCCACUUUAAUAUUAAGGUAGCUAUAAUGGAAAGAUACAAUUUAAGCAUCGUCGUCAGAUCUAAUUUUCUGUUGCAUCUUUAAAGGCAAAGAAUUUCCCACGAAAAUGGAGCUUCGUUCUCUGCCAAUUAACUACACAAAACAGGCUAAAGGUUAUUAUAGGCAGCACCACUUUUAUUGUGAUGUAUUCAAUUUCAGAUAAAGCAGCUCCUCAAGAUCAGGACACAAACAAUUCAGCCAGCGGCACACAGACUUUCCCCAUGACCAAUACUUCCCACAAUCAUGUUGUCUCCAGCUCUCCAGCUGCAUCACUCGCACCCUCUCCAUGCCAGUCUCCUAUGCUGCGCGAGGAGGAUGAACUGAGUGAUACUGGGGAGAGCGGUGGCGAGGAUGAUGACGAGGGUCCAGUCCCUGACGGUGUGGAAUCUGAUGCUGAGGCGGUUACUGAAGUUGAUAUGAGUGACGUGGAUAUGAACAAGGUCUCUUGUUCUGUUUCUCAAUUUGCACUCGAGUAUGACCACUUAAUGUAAAUAUAAAAGUUCCAAAGUGGAAGACGUCGGCAAGCUUGAGUUGCCGUCGACUCAAGCAUAUUAGCUACCAGGCUCAGAUCUAAUUGAUUAAUUUUUAACUACUUUGCCUGUAUAAUUUUAAAUUCCCCUGUGAUAAAAGGUAAACUAAAAAAAUCUUUACCUUUACUAUUUUUCUUUACUAUACUAUCGUGUAUCCUGUAUAAUGUAGCCGGGUAUUGCCAUGUUACCUGUCUUAUAGGUCAAAGUUCUCAGCCCUCCUAAGGCGGAACCAACCGUGGAGGACAAGGCAUUCCUUGCGGCCUUUGAUAAACUGAUUUUGGAUGACACUCAGAAUCGUCGUGAAGAAAACCCUAAGGUAUAGUGUAACAUCUUCAGCUCAUCACUGCUGCCAAAAUUCUUAUAUGUUUGGAUGGUCGUAUUUAAGAUUCUUGAUUACAUACUGAAAAACUGGAAUCACUCCCAGGCUGAAUUGCACCAGUGCUGAUGAAAGCGUGGCACUUUACAACAUGCCAUUUUAAAAAGUAGUACUGUUUUUUGUGUCUUGGCUUGAGGAUGAGAUGAUGAAUUUUAAGUAAACGCUAAGGUCAUCAACUAGUUUUAACUUUUUGAGUUAUUUGUCCGUCUGUCUUAUCGGUGUAUACUCAGUUUUGUGUAGUUACCCUUCAGAUAAUUUAGGGCAUAUCAAAGCCUAUAGAGCCUGACUAUUUUUCAGGUUCCCAGCCUGGAUGUGGCAGUUCCAAUGCAUCUCAAAGGUCAAAGAGCGCGUCACAACAGUUUAACUGAAGAAAAUGAAAGUCUUAACUUUGUUGUUAUGUUGAAGAAAGGCAAUAAACAGCAUUUUAAAGGUAAUCAAGUUCUAUCUAUCUCAUUAUGAAAUCACCUAUUGAGGGACUAGUGUCCAGUCCAGAAAAUCUGUAACAUUUUGAGUAGAAGACACAUUACAUUUUGACUACUUUACAUUUCCUGCCUACCUCAGUAACUAGAGUUUUCCUGUCUAUAUAAAUGAUCCGUUGCAAGACAAGCAAAUGGCGCUUAUCGGAGCGUACUGUUUGCUCGAUUCUGCGACUCCAAUAAUUCACGGACUCUACCCACUCCCCAUCUGCCUAGGUAUCUUGAACUAUUCACUCCAUAAUUCACUCCAGUCAUCCUCUUUUCUGGAGGGGCAGACUAGCGUCCAGUUGUUGCUCUACCAUUUACAAAUGAAUUGGAUAUUUAAAAGAAAAAGGAUGAUCAGAUUUGAGCUCAUGGCUGUUUUAUUGGUUAGACCUGCAGAUUCCUCUAAGCUCAGGACUGGCGGCCAACAUCCGGAACAGACAAAUAGCUGAGCAACAGGAACAAGAGGAAGUUAAGAGAUUGGUUCUGAAUUACAACCAGAGACAGGAAGAGGAAAUUUACAACGGUAUCAGUAGCAGACUUGUUCACUAUUCUUAGGCUUUUUAGAAAACAAGUUUUAUCUUGACGUGGGUCAGGAUGAUGCACUGAAAAACUUUACUCAUUUGUCAGUAAACUCAUUUUGUUGUAUUUAAUGUAGAAAUGCUGGCCCAACAACGGCAGAGUGUUUCCGAGCCCCAGACUUCAAGGCCUCACCACCGCCCGGCCAACAAGCGACGCAUACAAGAGGGAAGUGACACCAACCUUGUGUUUGCUAAUUUAACGAGGUAA